AUGACAACUUCACAGAAAAACGGCGCGGCCACAAAGAUGCUCGUGGCCAUCACGGGAGCCAACCAGGGGCUGGGAUACUAUGCUGCUCAACAGAUGGCCAGCAGUGGCAAGUACCACGUUCUCGUCGGCAGCAGAGACAUCGACAAGGCCAAUAAGGCCAUUGAGCAAAUGAUGUCAGAUGAUUCCUACAAAGUCGACAAGGCGGAUCUCGAACCAUUACAGAUCGACGUAAAUGAAGACGAGUCCAUCAAAGCGGCUGCCAAGUCUGUAGAAGACAAGCAUGGCAAGCUUGACAUCUUGAUGCUGAACGCUGGUAUCGCUGGUGCUCAGGCAGCCUCAAAGAACGGGAUUGGACCAACUCUGCGGGAGCUAUAUCAACAGCACUACGAUACGAACGUCUUCGGCGCUGCAGUGACUGUUGAUGCCUUUCUGCCGUUGCUGAGGAAGUCGGACGAGAAACGGAUAGGAUUCACCUCGUCGGGCCUCGCAUCUUUGGCUCUAGCAGUGGAUCCUAGUGCCCAUGCGUCAUACUCUGCUGCCAUGUACCCAAUAUAUAGGUCGACAAAGACAGCUAUGAACAUGACAAUGGCACACUACGCUCGUCUUCUCGAGACAGAGGGCUUCAUCGUAUCCGCAUCGGAUCCUGGAUACUGCGCUACCAAUCUCAAUAACCACCAAGGCUUCAAGGACCCUCGAGACGGCUGCAAAGCUCUCAUAAUUGCAGCAACAGGUCCAAAGGAAAAGGUACAUGCUCGUAUGGUCGAUGACCAAGGCAAGGCUGUGCCUUGGUGA